UAUGUUUAUGGGUUGUUCUGAAUGCAACAAAGUAAAAAAAUAAUUUUGCGAAUACGUUGUAAUCUAAAACUCCUAAGAACCACAAAUUUUUAAUAUUAAUAUUUUCCUCAAUAUCCUAUAAAUUACGCUUUCUCAUUAGGCUAUUUCCCCCUCCCGGAACACAAAAAGGGAUGAAAAGCAAACAUGAUCCACAAAACCAGCAUUGCGAUUCUCUUUGUAAUCACGCUAUGCCUCAGGCUAAUCCUUCCUUCCUCGGCCCUGGAUUUCUCAAUAGUGAUCUCACGUGAUGGCCAUCGUCGUCCGAAAUCGGCCAGAAGUUUGGCACGCAAGUUCUUGGACGCCCACAACAAGGCCCGGCGCGAGGUUGGGCUCGAUCAGGUGGUCUGGGACGCGGAUCUCGCGGCCUACGCCGCGAGCUAUGCGUCCAGGAGAGCCGAGGACUGCGCCCUCAUCCAUUCCCACGGACCAUUCGGGGAAAACAUAGCGUGCGGCAGCGGGGAGCUGUUGGUGAGGGAUGCCGUCAAGAUGUGGGUCGACGAGAAGCGGUACUACGAAGAUGAUAACGCCACAUGUCACGCGCCGUACGGCGGAACUUGCUUGCAUUACACGCAAGUUGCUUGGAGAGAUACCGUACGGAUCGGCUGUGCCAAGGUUAGAUGUAAGAAUGGUGGGACCUUUAUUACUUGCAACUAUUAUCCUCCAGGCAACCACGUUGGACAGAAACCUUACUGAUGCGAACGACAUCGUUUUGCAUGGUUAUACAUCGGGAUGACCAUUUCGGGUUUAGGUUCGGUUAUAUUCGGAUAUUUCGAUUAGAAGAAAAUUAUAACCAUUCGGUUUUUAUAUAAA